UCAAAUCUAAAAAUGAGCCGUUACACUGGUGGUCGUCUCGAUGUUAAAGCGCGUACAAUGAAAUACGCUGUAUUAGAUCCUGAUGUAGCUUCAAAAUAUGAAGAUUUGGACGAUGAUGAAGGGACUUCUUAUAGAGCAAAAAAGUCAUAUCGAAGAGACGGUUCUCAAUUACAAAAAAAGAUGCUUGGAAUAAUUGAAGGGCAUAUUUCUAAAGGGCAACAGCCAACUAUUCGAAGCAGAGAUUUUGUUCGAAAUACAUAUAUCUACGAAAUCACGGUCAAAAAUGCUUCUCGUGCUGGAAAAUAUUUAGUUUUAAACCUUCUGGCCGAAUCUGUUGAUCGUUUUUUGCCUAUCGCCCCGAAGAUGGACGCAAAUGGAGACCUUCGUUUCUCUAUAAUGUCGGAAGAUGAUGCUGAAGCUAUUUGUGCAAUGUCGAAACGAAUAGCAGACAAACACAAUCCAAAUAUGAAAUAUGUUAUUUAUAAGAAGAGAGUGCUUGCACCUUUUGAGACGUUGGGAACUUCGACUAGAAAUGUUGUUUUGGAAAUAUUAAAAACUCGUUACAAUCAAUACACCAAUUCUUUGGAUUUGAGCAGCUUCCAAAGCGAUCCUCUCUUCCAAAAGCUUAAUGAAACACCACGUGGCCUUAUACACAAUUCUGUAAUGGUGACAAUUUCUGAUUAUGUUUCUCGUCAUUUGGCUAAUAUUAAAGGAAUUAGACUUAAUAACAACAAUUUACGUACAUUAGACUUUGUUUCUUCAUUAGUCUAUGCAGCACCAAAUGUUGUAGAAUUAGAUAUGGCUAAUAAUGCGAUUUCUCGUAUUGAAGAAAUCGCAAAAUUUUCUGGUUGGCAAUUGGAAAGUGUUCAUUUUGAAAAUAACGAAUUUAUUAUUGGAUAUAAUAAUAAUUUUGCUGCCUAUACAAAGGAUAUUCAUACACAUUUCCCUCUUGUAAGCUACUUAGAUGGUGUUAGUGUUAUACCUUUGGCAACACGUCCAUCUGGAUAUACUUCUUCACAGCCUAUACCUAAAUUUAAGGCUGGUUAUCACACAGAUGAAUCAAUGAAAAAAAUGGCAGAAAAUUUUAUUAUUGAAUUUUUUGGUUUUUAUGAUAGCCUAGAUCCAGAACAGUCUAGACAAAAAUUAAUUAAUGCUUAUGAUUCUAAUGCUACUUUUUCUUAUUCUAUCUGUACAUUGCCUGACACAAAAUUUGUGGAACGUGGUGAUACAGAAGUAUUUGGAACAUAUGUGCGUAAUUCACACAAUAUUGUAAUGCAGCAAAAAUGGCAAGCUUUUCGUGAUCGCCUUUUAUUUCGUGGACCAAUGGAUAUUGCUGUAGCUUUGAGUAAAUUGCCAAAGACUGAACAUGUUAAACAAUCCUUUUUAUUGGAUUUUAAUUUGGUUUCGAACAGUCUAAUGGUUAUAACCCUUCAAGGAAUAUUUCGUGAUGGAAAAACUCGUAUUGGCGAGCCAUUAAACAGCUCAACAGAAUGCAAAUUUUUUGUUCGACAAUUUGCUAUUAUUCCAAAAACUGAAGGAUUGGCAAUACUUUCUGACAUUUUACAAAUUACACCAGUGAGUACACAAAGAAUGGAACAUUACAAUAAUUUAUUAAAGAAUGCUGCAAUUAGUUCAGUCUCUUCACAACAACAAUUGGAUGGGAUGGCCCCACCCCCACCUAGCCCUCAACAACAAUUAUCAUUAUUAAACCCACAAACUUUGUUAUCUGGAAUGGCUGGGACUUCUUCGGGAACUUCUAUAGGAGGGGGAACUUUUACUAUAAAAAAUGAAAUGGCAACAGAAGGAGGAAUUCAACAACAACAACAACAAACAAAUUUAUUUAUUAAUCCAUCAACAACAAAUAAUUUAACUGCUCGAACAGAAAUGGUUAAACAAUUUUGUCUUUUUAGUGGAAUGAAGGCUGAUUGGUCAGAAAAAUGUUUACAAGAUUGUGCUUGGAGUUGGGAGGAUGCAACAAGAGCAUUUGCAAAUAUACGUGCACAAAUACCGCCGGAAGCUUUUUCAUGA